GUUGAGAAUGAGAAGCAAUGCCCGUGCAGCAGUUGUCGGACAAAACCGCACCAAAAGAUUGUAAGAAAUGCCAGCUUCGUCGCAUCAAGUGUGACCGCAGUCUACCGGGAUGCAACAAGUGUGCAAAGCGUAGCCUGGAGUGUCCGGGCUACGGAAUAGCUGUUAGAUGGGCACAAGGUGUUGCAAGCCGAGGAAAGCUGCAGGGGAAAUCCAUUCCCUUGCGAGAUGCACCUGCCGCAACAUCGUCACUACCACAUGGGCUAAACAGUGUUUUAUCGAGCGUGGAGAACAUGCAGGAUCAGUUGGAAGUCCCGCCGUCGCCUUCGAAUCCAUGUUUUCUCGACCCUCAAACCCCACAUGCGCCUCAAUUACUUCAAUACUUCAUGGAACGUGUUGCUCGUAGGUUAGCGUGGAUAGAUGGUCCCGAAAAUCCAUGGCGGCACGUCGUCUUGCCUUUACUUGAGGGGUCGGAAACAGUGCUCUCGUCCAUUCUCGCCUUGACGGCGCAUGAUAUGGCUUCUCAAUAUCCCAUUGGCGAUGUUUGGUGCGACAAGUUCCAAAGGAUAUCGAAAUCGUACCAAAAUAAAGCCCUUAGACUACUUGCUAGCGAACUUAUCAUCCUGCGCAGGCCGCCGGAUUCACGAUCUGCUCAUACUAUAUCCACCCCGAUUCUAGCAUCAGCAAUCAUCCUUUGCAAUGCUGAGUUACUGACGGCCCAGGAAGCCGGUUGGCGGGUCCAUCUACAAGCUGCGCGAGAGGUCAUCCAAGCAGAAACCGGCCGCUCACUUCUGCAGCAGCAGGCAGAUCGAAUGGAGGAAUUUUUCUUACAGGAGUUCUACGCGACUUCAGUAUGGGCACAUUUGACGACCUUUCACGAUAUAGACGAGAUAGUACAGAUUCCACUGGCUGGCAGUCGUGAUGCCGUCUUCACUGACUUCAUCCGCAUCAUCCAUCAAAUCACCCAAGCCGAACGCAUCAAAGCUCGUGCUGAGCUCUUGCAACUACCUCCACCAGACCUCAUUCCCUGCGUCGAUGUUCAUAUUCAGCUCGAGCUAGCCAGACGAAGUGCUGUAUGCCUCGGCCAAUCAAUCCAAUUCUGGUCCGACAACGAUAGAUGUGCGUUUGAGCACCUUGCAUGGAUGUAUUUCCACGCCAGUCUUAUAUACAGCUACCAAGCGCUCGCAGACCCUCGUAUUUGUCAAACUCCGAUAAGGCAAUCCCGCGAUGCGAUUCUUACAAACUUGCACGCUCUGUCUGGAACGGGGAAUGAAAUGUUUGCGCAGAAUUUCGUAUGGCCGCUGUUUAUCGCUGGGACAGAGUUCCGCGGAAAUCGAGCUAGUCAAAAGCUCAUCGAGCGUCAUCUCACAAAUGUAAUGCGCAUUAGCCGUACGUUGGAUAGAAAUCGGGUGCUGUCAUUUCUGAAGGAUUGGUGGACAUUGCCUAAUAGCCAAUGUAUAUCGUGGAUUGAGCUGGCGAGAAAGAGGGCUUGGGCUUGUGGCUUUUUCUUAGCGUGACAGGUCUGAAUGUAAAUAUGGAUUUAGGGAGACGUUACCAAGAACACUGGAUAUAUAAUAAUAAAACGACUGCCGU